AUGAAAUCAGUAUUACUGAUUCUCAUUCUUUUCGUUGGAAAAGGACUCCUGAACGCAGAGCAUCAUGGGCGUAAUAUUGUACUAAUUAUCACUGAUGAUCAAGAUAUAGAACUAGGUUCGAUGGAUGAAAUGCCUAAAACUCUCAAAAUUUUAAAGGAAAAAGGAGUAUACUUUUCAAGCGGAUUUGUCACAACUCCUAUUUGCUGUCCAAGUCGAACCUCCAUCUUAACUGGGAAGUAUGUACAUAAUCAUAAUGUUCAUACAAAUAAUUGCAAUUGCUCAGGUAUGGAGUGGAAGUUUAAGCAUGAACCAAACGCUUUACCAGUACAUUUGCAACGCAAUGGUUACAGAACAGCUUACUUUGGAAAAUACUUGAAUGAAUAUGACGGUUCUUAUGUACCGGCGGGUUGGGAUCAUUGGCUCGGUCUAGUAAAGAAUAGCAAGUUCUAUAACUAUACUGUCAAUUUCAAUGGAGAAAGAUUGCGGUAUGGAAACGAUUACGAGAAAGAUUAUUUCACCGAUUUGGUCACGAAUAAAAGUAUUGAGUUCAUUCAUGAGCAUUAUGAAAAUAACUUUUCUCAACCUUUCCUAAUUGUAAUUUCUUAUCCUGCUCCGCAUGGUCCUGAAGACCCUGCUCCCAAGUAUGCUGAUAUGUUUAUGGAUAAAUCAUCACAUCGAACUUUGUCAUGGAACUAUGCUCCAAAUCCUGAUAAACAAUGGAUUCUCCAAAGAACUGGCAAAAUGGAUCCUGUUCAUGUAGCUUUUACUGAUAUUCUGCAUCGACGCCGGCUUCAGACACUGCAGAGCGUGGAUGAAGGGGUUCAUCAGUUGUUUUCUGUUUUACGUGAAUUCAAUCAAGUUUCUAACACCUAUGCUUUCUAUACUUCCGAUCAUGGUUAUCAUUUGGGGCAGUUUGGACUCAUUAAAGGGAAAAACAUGCCAUAUGAAUUCGAUAUUCGAGUCCCUUAUUUUGUAAGAGGUCCUGGAGUUCCUAGAAACAUCACAGUUCGUCACCCGGUAGCUAAUAUCGAUUUGUUCCCUACUAUAUUGUCCAUUGGAGGAGCAAAAGUUCCCAACGAUACCGAUGGAAGAAACUUGCUAGAACUCCUGAAAUUGAUAAAGGAUGAAAAAUCUGCUAAUGUGGAGCCAUGGAGGGAUACUAUACUAAUCGAAAGAGGAAAAAUGCCUAAGCUGAAAAGAAUCCGUGAACGAUUUCUAAGCCAGAAAGCUAAAUUUGGGAAGGAAGCUAGGUUGAAGAACGAAUGUUCGAAACCGCAAUGGCAAACUAAUUGCGAGCCUGGUCAGUCUUGGCGCUGUUUCAAAACUGCAGAUGAUAAAUGGAGAAUUUACAAGUGUAGAGAUAAUAGAAAACUAUGUGAAUGUGCUGAACCUCGAGAACGCAGACACGCUGAAAAUUUUGUAUACGGGAACGAAAGUGUAUAUGAUCAGUUUCUAGAUGAAUCUUAUGAAUUAAAUAUUAUGGAGGACACAAACUGGAAGCAAGGCUUAUUUGGUCAUAAAUUUUCGACACGAUUCAAACGGAGCUGCAGUUGUGCGGAUAAUAAAACACAUCCCUUACGUAGUGCAGAUGAAGUUGUAGAGGAAGAGAUGUUUCUCCAAAAGUUGAUUAAUAAAAAAGAAUCAAAGAAGAAGAAUUUAUUGAAUUACCCGGAAAGAGCAGCCUGCCUUGUUCCGCAAAUGAAUUGCUUUUCUCAUGGAGCAGACCAUUGGAGAACUCCACCUCUGUGGCCUGACUCGUACGGUAAUUUCUGCUUUUGCCAGAACUCAAACAACAAUACUUAUUGGUGUUUGAGAACUGUGAACGAAACCCACAAUCUCCUAUAUUGCGAGUUUGUGACGGAUUUCAUAAGUUAUUACGAUUUGAACACGGAUCCUCACCAGCUGAACAAUUCAGUGUUUUCGUUAGAACCCGCAGUUUUGGAGGAACUGAAUCAAAGAUUAACUCUUCUAAAAGCCUGUAGGGGUGCUUCUUGCGAAGCAUAUUCUAGCCGAAAUUGGAAAUCAUAUACUCAGGGAAAGAAAUAG